AUGGCACGCGGCGGCGGCGGCGGUGGCAGUCGCAAUCCCGCCAACCAACCACGCUCCGUGCAGGUCUCGCGCAAAGUCAGCUGGCUGCUGCGGCACGGGGCGAGCUCCGAAGGUCUGCAGUUGGGCAAGGCAGGGUAUGUCAGCGUGGCGGCGGCGCUGCAGACGCGUGCGUUGAGGAGUCUGGGGGUGUCGUUUGAAGAGCUGAGGGAUGUUGUUGCCGAGAACGAGAAGCAGCGAUUUUCCAUGAUUCGGGCGGGUGAAGAGGGUGAGAAAGAGAAGAAGAAGAAGGAGGAGGAGGAGGGGAAGAAGAAAAAGGAAGAGGAGGGAGAAGACGAACAAGCCAGUCAAGAUCCGCACGACUACCUCAUCCGCGCCAACCAAGGCCACAGCAUCAAAGUCGACACCGAGGGACUACUAACCCCCAUCUCGGCCGCUGCUGGAAACGUCCCCACGGCCGUCGUCCACGGCACGAAUGAGCGCGCGUGGUCCCUGAUCCUCAAGGGCGGCGGCCUGCGACGUAUGACGAGGACGCACAUCCACUUUGCUUCUGGACUGCCCAAGGGGUUUGCACCGCUCCCUUCAGCAUCAGCAUCAGCAUCAGCAUCAACACCAACAUCAGCAUCAACAUCAACAUCAACAUCAACACCAACAUCAACAACAACGUCUACAUCAGAACCAGCGCCAGAACCACCAUCCACAGCAGCCAUCGCGGAUCAAGAACCUCCCGCCCCCGUUAUCAGCGGGAUGCGCACCUCCUCCACAGUGUUGAUUUACGUCGACAUCAACGCGGCGCUGGCGGCGGGGAUCCCCUUCUCCGUGUCUGAGAACGGCGUGAUCCUGUCCGAGGGGAACGAGCAGGGCGUGCUGCCGUACGCUUUCUUCGAGCGCGUGGAGAGCCGGAGGGCGGGGGGUGGGGUGCUCAUGCGCGACGGGCAGCUGCCGGAGGGGGUGCAGGUUGAUGUUGAGGCGUGGGAGGCGGAGAUGCGGAGUGCGGGGGGGAAGAGAGGUGGGAGGGGUGGACGGGGUGGACGGGGUGGACGGGAUGGUGCGAGAGGAGCGAAGGCGAGGGGGGAUGACGAUAAGCGGGAUCUCAAGGCUGGCGUGAGUGAGGUGUGA